AUGAUGGACGUGUUAGUUACAUGGAAAGAUGGCACUCAAAAUGUUGUACACACACGGGAAUUAUUUCCAAUCAGAAAAGGUCAGAAGAUAACACUUGGUACAAAGGUGAAAAUGUUGUAUGAACGAAAAUGGUGGUAUGGUACAGUAACUGUUGUCGAAGCAAAAGAAUACUCUUCGUCUGAAGACGAACCACUUUCAACUUAUGUUCCUGCAAACCGUGUGCAAAAUUGCUGCGAGUACAUUAACUGUCAUAAUCCUAUUUUGACUACUUGUACGGAAUGUGCUUGUUUCUUGUGCGCUGAACAUUACCAAGAAGACGCUUCCUGCUCUAAUCAUAUUUUAGUUAGCAAUAACAUAUCCACAUCAAAAAAUCAGGAUACCAACUAUGAAUUAUCAUUAACCAAUUCAGAAAAAAAAUUUAUGAUACAGUAUGCACUGAUGAAAAUUAUAUAG